CCUGUCAGUUCGGAGUCACUGUGAGUGUCAGCUCUGUCUCUUUGUUUUCCUCUUGGAAACACGUAUUAUAUUUUGGAGUAUAAAUGGUUAACCCAAGUGGCCAUUUGAAGCUGAAUUGAAGACAAUAUCUAACACGGUGCCCUCUCGUCCAGAUUAGGCCCGUGUAGGCAUGGAGCCCCUGACAGCAGAUGAUGACAUUUGUAUCCUCAAACAUGAGACGGCCUAUACAGUUGCUGGUGAGAGCCCUGUAUCUGUGUGCGCCGGUGAUGAAUCUGUAGCCUCCCACUUCGCUCUGGUCACAGCCUACGAGGACAUCAAGAAGAGGCUGAGAGACACAGAGCGAGAGAAUACCUUGCUGAGGAAGAGGGUGAAGCAGCUAGAGGACAAGCUCUUCAGGCCAGAGGCUCCCCCAUCAGAGGGUCCCCAUUAUGUGAACAAGGCAUUCAGUGCUUAUAGAGGAAUUUACAUAGAGAAGGAGGACCUGCAGAUAGAGCUCAACAAACUGAAAAAGGAGAAGAGUGAGAGUGAGAGAUUGCUGACGGAGCAGCUCCAAGCCAAAGAGUUGGAGCUGCUUCAGCUGAGGACAGAGAUGGAGACCAGCCAAGGUACAGUGAUGAAGAGCCUGAACAGCCCUCAGGACUACUGGCAGGUGGAGAGGAUCAACACUGAACUUCAGAUCCACAAACUGCAGGAGGAGCUAGAGAAGGUUACACUGGAGAACAGCCGGCUGCUGGAGAAAAGCUUGGAGGAACCCCAUGGCCUUAACGGACCAGACAUGGACCAGACCGGUGAUGCAAAGUUUAAUGCAAGGGAGAGGAGCAUGCAGCAGACGUACAACGCUCUGUGCUGUGAGGUCACGCGUCUGCAUUCAGAGCUGAAGCACCAAACUGGCCUGAUUAAGAAACUCAGACCCCUGAUCAGUGAGACAAGACCAGACUCAGGAGACCUUCUCAUGGAAGCAUAGCGGGGAUGGAUGGAUGGAUAGAUGAUGUGUGGAUGAAGAGAGCCGGCUCCACGGUUCCAGUCCAGUGUCUGGACGACGUGGAAAAGAACAACAACCUGGCAGCUCCUCGGGCAUCAGCGCCUGGCCCCCCCAGUGCCCCCCCCGUGCCCUCCUGCUCCGGCCGCCCCUGCCCCCCGGUCAGCGGCCAGUCGGGCGCCCCGCUGGCCGACAGUCUGAGGGAGGACUGCUGGUACAGCGGGCGCUGGUCGGGCGAGGUGCUGCUGGGCAGUGACACCUGCUCGGUGGUGCUGCCCCCCCCGCCCCUGAACCAGGCCUCUCUGGACGACAGUUCACGCUCCUUCCCCAGCCCCCCCAAGCCCAGCGACGCCAUGUUCUGGGAGGGACACUCGGCUGCAUCCAACUCCUCGUCCUCGAUAGGAAACUGUGGUCCCAGGAGCCCUCCCAAUGCAGAGUGGGUCAAACCCUAUUAAGGUAAAGUCCAAAGGGAGAAUUGAUGAUUGAUGUUUGGAUUGAAAAGAAACGAAUGGGAAACACAGAUGACCCUUACAACUCUGCCACAUUGCUACCACCUAACCUGCCUUAAGAUGAUUGAACCACUGAUUAGUGGUGGACCAGAGUGGACCUAACGUCUUGUGGGAAGUAACCGCGGCCAGAAGAGGCCUUUUUUCUGUUCAGACUGUCGACUUAAUUUGCGUGUUCUGCACACCGCAUCGGUGAACAUAUCUAGCAUUGCAGUGUAAAGGCUGACGAGAGACUCGACCAAAAAAAAAAAAAAAAAGAAGUCAUCUCUCCCAUGUUUGUGUCCUUGUUUGUGCAAGCAUGCAUACCAGCAGUUUAAUUUCUCUGUGUGUCUGUAUAUCAAACAGUGUGCCUGUGUAUGCAGAUCUAUGUGUGGGCAUCUUUAGCCGGCCUUUAUCUGCAUCUCAUCAUAAUAUUCCUAACAGGGCUCAAGGGGCCUCUUUCUCCAUAUAGUGGCCACUGAUCACUAAAGCCACAGCUUGGUAGUAGGCUUUGUAUACUUGUUCCUCCUCAAUGCAAGUCUUUUUACAUUGGAUCAGUGUAAAGAAUAACAAGGUAAGUAGACACCUGUGCAUCUCAUGCUAGUGCUCCGGAGAUAAGGACUAGAUCUGUCCCUGUACUGUGAUAAAGACAGAACCGCAGAGAAGUGUAGAUUUCUAUUCCAGAUUGAAACUGCUACAGAAUCUGAAAGUGACAGACUUGUUAGUUUGUAUUUAGAACCUUGUGGAUGAAUAUCAAAGUAUCAAAUCUUCCAUCUCUUUUGAGUUUAGGUAUUUGGAUUUUUAUGGAGAUUGCUGAUUGUGGGAGAAAUAAUAACUGAUGCUGAUUGUAUCACUUCCAGACAAAGUUUAGAUGCGUUUGACUUCCUGUAAAUUCUGCGACUAAAGCAAUCCUCCUUAAACCGGCUUGUUCUUACCAAUUCAGUUCUCUCAGACAUAUUGCAGAAUAUUUUCUAUUUUUUGUCACUUUAUUUUCUGGGCUCUGUGUGUUCACAAUUUUUCUUGGCUUUCUAAAUUCGCGCAGGACACAUGAAAAAGAGCCAUUGCACUCCUGUGAAUUUUUUUUCAAACCUGACAAAGUUAGGGUGAGGCUUGUGGAUAUUUUGAAAUGUAGAACGUAUACCUAAGUUGUGCUGAUGUAAAUGUUGCUGUUUACUGAACAGGCAAAUUUUGCAUUGAUUUCUGUUUUUAGGAGUCUAAAAUGAAGGGUGUAUAAACGUAUAUGUGGGAUGAUUUUAAUAGAAUGUGCAUAUAUGUAUAAAUGUAUAUGGUGGGAUUCAGUUCCGGUUCUUUGCCAAAUGUGGUUUUGCACUCCAAUAUUUGUUUUUUGGGUUAUUUUUUUUGUCCUGUCACACCAAAAUCUUUGAUGUAGGACCCCAACUGCUAGUGUGGCAAGACAAUAAUUUUUCAACUUUAACGAAUGGGAGCUGUGAGUUGACUAAUAGGUGCACAAAGCACAAAGGCCAUUGGCUGCUGGAAACACCUGUUCUUUCCCAUUUUCUUCAAUCUGUCUCAUAACCAUGGUCCUUUUUGUUCUUUACUUUAAUGAAAUCUUCAUUUACAGCAGUAGUUUCAUACUUCUGUAAACAAUUUGCAAACCAAAAUGCAAUGUACAGUAGAUCUGGAUUAUAUUUUAGACUUACUGCACUUCAGACUUUGUAAAUAUGAUUAAAGAAAUGAUUGACAU